CUGCCUCCACACAGCAUCACUGCCUCUGAUAGGAGGUUAGGAGCUGUGACUUAACAUCCUCCUGCCUUUUUGCUGGUGGCUGAUUGGGCAGGGGGCAAGUCCAAACGUGGGCUCUGGGCUGCGUCUGAGAUUCACUGCCUCUUAGAGGUUGCUGUAAAUGCCAGUGAACUUAGUCACUGUCCACAGGUUUAGGCUGUGUGGCUCACAAAGGCUUUUCCCUAGUGUUCAUUUCAAUGACUUUUUGGGGGGUCUGUCUUUGAUACAAUGUGCAUAAAUCUUUUUAGAUGCAUUAAAAGUAGUUUUAUUUCAUAAAACACUUUGGUCCAUGAUUUACAGUCUGAACAACUUUAGAAACCACAACGUGAAACCUGUCCUCUCAGAAGAAUGUCUAACUAGGGAACUCAUAGGUGUGCAGGUGCUCUCUGCAGUCCUGUAGAGCUGUUGCCCCAUAUUGGUGCAAGUCAAAUCAGUAAGGAACCUGUCUGGGUCAGAUGUUGUGGGCCCAAAUGACUGCCGUGCAUCACCCAGUUGGGUGCUACACAUUGGUGGUGGAUGAGAUGGGAUACUCCAUCCCAAUGUAAUUUAGGGCUAUCAGCCCCCGGCACAAAGAUGUGGCCUCAUAGGCCUAUGGUAGUUCAGAUGGGCAAUGGAUGCUGACAGCAGGAUUUUCUUUCGGGGCCUUUGUGGCCCUCAAAGAGUAGGAAGUGUUUCAACUCACUGUCUGCCAAUGGGGCUGGGACCUGCUGUGCCCAUGCCAGAGUUUCACUGCUUUGAUUGGACACAGGUAUGGAGGAGUGCCUGAUGGGAGUGAGAGAAUCCUAUAUCCCUGCUCUGACCUGUGUCUAGGUGGGCAGAAGAACUGCAGCCCCCACUGUUUUCAGCAGGCCUCCAAACCUCAGAUUAGCUUCUCUUCUGUGUAGUGGUCAGUACUAUAACCCUGGCAUGAAACAGACCCUGGUGUGCCUUCCACUUCUAAUGAAUCAUGAUCUUGUGAAGGUGGGGCUCGAAUUCCACACAGCAACUCAAAUGAAGUUAUUUUUGGUUACCAGCAACUUUGAUUACCAGCCAGAGCAGGAGAUUCUAGUACUCCCAACCAAUCUGUGUAUGUAGCAGAACCUAACUAGCGCACAAAUGGUAAGGAUUCUUACCAGACUUUGUCGAUGAUGCACGGCUGGAAACAGGACCUCAGAGGCUCAGAAGAGCAGGGGUUGUGUUUCUAACUGUUGUUCAGUAAAUGAAGGACCUCUAAACUCCACUAAAAGUCUUUUGACUGGGGGGUUGUGUAAGGAAUGCACAGUGACCUUUUUAAAGCUAUACCUUUUUUUGAAGUGUUUCACUUCCUGAAGUAUGAGGCUCUUCAGCUAUUGGCUGUCUGCUGGUCAGUUGACUGGACGUGUGGACCCUUUGGUCUCACCUGUCCGUGGACAGGAUGACGAUCUCAUUAUGCAGUCUCUGCCAUGUUUGUGCUUUUUGUUAACUUCUGUGCAUUUCCCAGUGUUCACCACCAAGGCGGGAAAUGUGCAGACCAUCCCGUCCUUGACCAAACAGUUGAAGGCCAUCACUGAUGAGACUGUCAUUGGUCUUCAGUAUGUGUGGGAGUACCGCAGUCCCAGUAAGUCAGUCCCGCCCCAUUACCAGUGUAAACUCUGCAAGGUGAGCCGUCUGCAGACUGACAUGCUGGCUCACAUCAAGGGCUGGAAGCACUCAUUCAGAUACAUGAAGCAAAAUCAUUCUGCCAAGAUUCCCUUUGAGGAAGAUGCUGCCACAAAGGACCAUGACGUGAGGAAGAAGGUGAAAAAAGCAGCAGCAGAGCUGGAGAAGGCAGAGGGCAGGGGACAGCUGAAGGUGAUUCUGAAGGAGCCCAGUGAGGUCCAAGCGUUUGCAGGACUGCGUUCAGCAAUCCCCAACAUGGGGCCACCAGGAGGGAUGGGAGCUAGAGGACCAAAACCAGGUGGCAGGUUUGCAGAGCCUCUGUUCCCAGGGGAGUUCCCUCUCCAAGGCAGCCUCCUCAACUACCCCAUGGGUGGUAUGGGGGGCUACUCUGACCCCCUGUCUCGCUCCACUUCCUCUACGGCCUUCCAGAAAAGGGACAUGAGCUUCCGAGGCUACCCUGACAAUACGGGGGGGCUGGGGGGUUCAGCCGAUGGCUUUGGGCUGGGAAGGGACGGAGGCUUUGGCCAGGAGGGGUUGUUGGGGGAGAGUCCGGGAAGCUGCUACCCUGAUGAGUUCAGAGGGGGACAGAUGGGAAGUGGAUCAGGCCAAGGGUUGAUGGGAGCUGUACCUGAAACCAGCAGCCUUCCGUCCACGCUACUCAAAUACCUGGACAAUUUCCGGAUCGAGAACGAGAGUGAUGCUCAAAUCGUGCUGAAGGUGACACAGAAGCUGACGGAUGUCCUAAUGGACUACAGACUUAGGAGUGUUUCCUCGCAGGGUCCUAGCAUGAAGAGCGGUUUAUCACUGGGCUCCAUGAGCUACUCUGAUUCCCCCAGAAUGUCUAGCGGUAGUGACCGCUUCUCAGGUGGCUUCUCUGGGAACCUCUCCGGCCCUUCCAGAUACUCUGAUGGUCCAUCCAGGUACUACAACUAACUGAUCCAACCCCACGUGACACAUCCACCUUCCUGGGGUAACCUAUCCUCCGCCUCACCCCCAAGAUAUACCCCGAGUUAAUGGGGGUCUGCAGCUGUCUGUCUAGCCACUGAAGAGGAUUUUUAUUUUAUAUAGUUAUAAUUUUCCUUCAAAGCAGAAACUGAUACAAUUGCGUACUUAUUAGUGCAGACUUUGUUUUUACAUAACUUCUUUUGACAUUAAUAGGUUGGACCAAAGUUUGACUUUUAGUUGUAUUAACCAUUGUCUGUAUUCAUGUGAUUUUGGCAUAUAUUUUACUGUGGUUUCUUGGGUGAAUCUUGUCUGUUUAGAAAUUAAGUGUUUGAUAGAAAACAAGUGUAAUGUUUAGGGAAACGGAUGUUUGGUGGUAAAUGGGUUACUGAUGUACUGACUGCUGUUUGAGUUGGGCUUGUUAUGGCUGUUUUUUUCCACACCUGGCUUCACCUGCGACCAGCCACCCUGACAGCUGAUGAAACCGUGGAGUAUUUCUGUUUGUAUUAAAGCCAGAACGGCUGGGCCUGAACAGAAUCCCAGGAUGUAUGGUGCAUUUGGAAAGUAUUCAGACCUGUACUUUUUCCACAUUUUCUUACGUUACAGCUGUAUUUUAAAAUGUAUUAAUCUACACACACACACACUACCCAAUAAGUAAAAACUGGUUUUUAGAAAUGUUUGCAAAUGAAUUAAACUGAAAUAUAUUAGGAUAAGUAUUCAGACCCUUUACUCAGUACUUUGUUGAAGCACCAUUGCCAGCAAUUACAGUCUCGAGUUGUCUUCAGUAAGCUGCUACAAGCUGUAUUUGGGGAGCUUCUCUUCAGAUCCUUUCAAGCUCAGUCAAAUUGGAUGGGGAGCAUCACUGCAUAGCUAUUUUCAGGUCUCUCCAGAGAUGUUUGAUUGGAUUCAAGUCUGUGCUCUGGCUGGGUCACUCCAGGACAUUUGAGACUUGUUCUGAAGCCACUCCUGGAUUGUCUUGGCUGUGUGCUUAGGGUCGUUGUCCUGUUGAAAGUGACCCUUCGCCCCAGUCUGAGGUCCUGAACACUCUGGAGCAGGUUUUCAUCAAUGAUCUCUCUGUACUUUGCUCUGUUGGUCUUUCCCUUGGUCCUGACUAGUCUCCCUGCCACUGGAAAAACAUCCCCACAGCAUGAUGCUGCCACCAUACUUAACCGUAGGGAUGGUGCCAGGUUUUCUCCAGAUGCGACGCUUGGCAUUCAGGCCAAAGAGUUCAAUCUUGGUUCCAACAGACGAGAGAAUCUUGUUCCUCAUGGUCUGAGAGUCCUUUAGAUGCAUUUUAGCAAACUCCAAGCGGGCUGUCUUAUGCCUUCACUGAGUGGCUUCCUUCUGGCCUCUACCCUAAAAGGCCUGAUUGGCGGAGUGAUGCUAAGAUGAUUGUCCGUCUGGAAGGUUCUCCACAGAAGAACUCUUGUCAAAGUGACCAUCGGGUUCUUGGUCACCUCCCUGACCAAGGCCCCCCCCCCCCCCCGGACUGCAGCCAGCUCUAGGAAGUCUUGGUGGUUCUAAACUUCUUGCUCUGACAUGCACUGUCAACUGUGGGACAUUAUAUAGACUGGUAUGCCUUUCCAAAUCAUGUCCAAUCAAUUUAAAUUUACCACAGGUGGCCUCCAAACAAGUUGCAGAAACAUCAAGGAUGAUCAAUGGAAACAGGAUGCACCAGCGCUCAAUUGAGUCUCAUAGCAAAGGGUCUGAAUAUUCGUAAAUAUUGUUUUUUUGUGUAAUUAAUUUGCAAACAUUUCUAAAAAAAAACUUUUCGCUUUGUCCAUAUGGGUUGUGUGUAGAUUGAGGGGCAAAAUGUAUUUAAUCCAUUUUAGAGUACUUUCCAAAUGCACAGUAUGGAGGAUGUUGUUCCUUCGCUAUAAAAAUGGAACUGCAUCACCCAGGGGAUUCCAUGAGUUGUAUUUUAUCUGAUCCAACAAAAUAGGGAACUGAAAAUAAACUCAGUGGUGUCAUCUAUGCUU